AUGCCUGUCUCUCUCAGUGUCUGGCGUGUCAGGAUCGGCACCUUUCUGAGGAGGUUCCACCAUGAUCCGAAGAAAGAAGCUGAUCAAUCAAAGGAAAAUGCCAAUGCCAAUAGCCAGAAUCCAUCUAGCAAUGGCUCUUCAAAUGAUGAAAAGAGCAAAGCUGUCAGUACAUCCUGUCAACAACCUCCGUCUUCUGGUGAUGUAGAACUAAAAACCACCAAAACUGAAUCUCCAAGUAACAUCAGCAGUAACAACAUUGGUGUGUGUUCGGAGACUCUGUCGACCGCGGCCAUUCCUGGUUGUCAUACCGUCAAUGGAUCUUCGUUUGACAUCAGAAGCCCCGAUAAUAUCGCUCAACAUGGAUCACUGUGUGCUGAUGACCGCAUCCGUUGUUCGACAGGAAAGGAACCUAUUCCCGUCUAUGAUCAUUCUGACACCAAGGCCCCAGAGCAGGCACCAGAGCCUUGUGACCUUGACGAGUUGGACAUGAGAUAUAUAACCAUUAAUGGCGUAUCUCCUACUAGCAUCUGCGAUUCAACUCAAAUAAGUGAACCAAACCAACCGGAUGGUCCAUCGGAGUCAUACUCACAUGCACCUAGUUCUCAACAUGACGGCAAGCAUGAAGAGAAAGAGACAUCAAAUUCAUUACCGUCGGGAAUACAUGGCCAAUCUUCACCUAGUUCUAAACUGGAUACAUCUAGCAAAGCUGAGCACACAUUGUGUAUGAGGGAGAUCGCAGGGUUUCAUGGAACUCCAAUUUCUACAGGCAGUAGAUCACGUUCAUCCAGUGGAGACGCAGAUGAAAUACAAAGGAAUUUGUUCUGUUCUGGUGUGACCAACGUGCUCCUACUGAGGUCUGGUGAUGUGGAGCAAAACCCUGGUCCAAACACCAACCUGGGUAAUCUAACUGAGUUUGAACUCUAUCUCCUUGCUGACGGUAUGGAUCCAUCAGACUUCAGGAAGGUUGGACUAGCUUUAGGAUUCACUGAGGCUCAACUAAGUCGAUUCAAGGAAGACAACAUUGGCAACAUAAUGCAAGCUAUCUAUAAGAUGCUCUGUGAAUGGCUGAAGACAGUACUACAAGAUGAAGCGAGGGAGAUACUAUCCAACAAGUUAAAAGACCUCAAUCUCGUACAGCUCGCCGACAAAUUACAGAAAGGUCAGGUCGGAGAUCACAUACCAUCACUGACAGAAGAAGAAUUCGAACGGGUCAUCAAAGAGGUCAAAGAAUAUUCUGCACUUCAUCACUGUCAGAUUCAAGCCGAUCCACUGAACAACAGCCUUCUAUUUCAAUUAGACCGGAUCUUCACCAACUUAACGUUGUUGGAAGAAGACAAAGGAACAACUCUAAAGGCACCAAUACUCUACACAGACCUGCUCAAGACUAAAGUCAACGGAGUCCUUCCUAAACGUUUGUUGGUUGAAGGUGAAGGUGGUGUGGGGAAGACAACUCUCUGUGCAAAGAUCGUUUGGGACUGGAUUCGUGGAACAGGUUACCAAGAUUUCAAACUUGUACUUCUCGUCCUCCUUCGUGAAGUAAAGGAUAAGACCAUUGGAGAGAUCAUAAUGUCUUACCUGCCAGACGACAUCAAGGUUACAGCCAUGCAGCUAAACAAGUAUGUCUUUUCCCAUCAGAAAGACGUCCUUCUAGUUCUGGACGGUUUUGACGAGUUAGCUGGCGAUCUUGAUAGCUGUUACCAAAUCGCCCUUAUCAUCCUGAAUCGGCUAUUCAAGUCAGGGAAAGUACUAAUCACAUCGAGACGAUGGAGAUCAGAUGAGAUACGGAAGAUUUCAGAGCUUAGAAAGCUUUAUGCUUUCAUUGCCGUGGAAGGUUUCUCUGAUGAAAAUCUUUCCUCCUACAUCACCAAGUUCUUCCAUCCAGACACAACUUCAUCUGAAGAUUUGAAUCGAUUCAUAUCGAACAACGAUGUGAUCAGAGAGAACAUGGCCCCCUUCCCAAUAUACACAGCAAUGCUGUGUAUUAUGUGGAAAGACUUUGACGGCGAACGCCGUAAGGCAAUGUCCAAACUACAAACUUUCUCUCAGCUGAUCGAUGAGAUGGUCCAAUUUUUGGUUUAUCAUCAUCUUUUUAAGCACGGUACGUCUGCAGGUGAUAUCGGCAGAGAAUUGGAUUCGAAACGUAGGGAGAUUGUAUGCCAUCUGUGUGAUAUAGGUUGUCUUGCAUUGCGGGGACUCCAUGAGAGGAGACUGGUGUUCACCGAACAGGAGUUCCAGCGCUGGCCAGGAACUCUGAAAACAGGUUGCAAAGUCGGAGUGCUCACUAAGCAAAUCCAAACCCCUUCAAUGAAAGAGAGACACCGUUCUCAUUUUGCAGUCACAUAUGUGCAGUUCCCUCAUAAGCUCUUUCAGGAGUAUCUAUCAGGGAAGUAUUUGGCAUCUCUCCACAAUUUAGACAGGAGCGAGUACGACAAGUUGAUGAUGGGUAUCAUCGGAAGAGCAAGAGAAUUCCAAGAGCUUAUGUACUUUACCUCAGCCCAGCAGAAGGAGGUCGGAUUGGAUAUCGUGUCUCGGCUCAUAGCAUGCACAGAUAGUGAUGUAUCAACAUGGCUAUUUGGGGGUAACGAUGAUGACUUCAUUGUUGAUGUAGCAUAUGAGAGUCAAGACCAAACAGUGGCCAAAGCUGUGGCAGAUCAUCUAUCGACUUCAUCCAGCAAGGCAUUUAAGAUCGGGAAGUUGAUGCAGGCGCACACUGUAUCAGGACAUAUCUUUAUCAUGAAUCAUCGUGUAGUGGAAAAUCUGGAAAUUGAAAAGCCGUGUGGACGGAAUGCUUCAGAGGACCUGGCUGAAUUUAUGUGCUCUUCAAACACCCUGAGAUCUGUGACGAUCACUAUGCCUGUCAACCCAGCGGAUGGACAUAUGCAUGAUGUGUUUUACUCGAUGCUUGCUCUUAAUGCCACUAAUACAAGGGUACGUAGAACGAUGAUUUCUUCUUCAUAUACAUGUAACAAAUAA